AUGUGGGAUUCAGGACUUCUCCUUAGGUUCGUGACAUUCUCUCGCACCCAACCUCGUGACACCCUCGUCACUGAGGCUGGUCACUCUGCCUACCUCCCUCGAGGUGGGAGUGGCGGUGGUAGCAAAGGUAGUGGAGGAGGCAGUGUCAGUAAAGGUGGGGGCAGUGGUGCUGCUGGAAAAGGUGGAGGCGGAGGAGGCGGGGUUUCGGGAAUGAUGGUAGCUCCGAGGAGUGGAGGGGCAACAUUUAUUUCGAGGGGCUCUUUGGAAAGCAACCCCCAGGGUUACUUCUCUGGCCUCCAUUCAAGCGGAAAGGGCAACAAGUAA